GUUCCGAUCCGCGAGUCGCGACCGUGUCCGGCAGCCGCUAGCCGGCAACGUGCCAUAGACUCAUAGAGCAAACGCGAGCCGCCAAGUGCUCUCGUCUCCGGCCGUACGUCACACGCUCCCCAGCCUCUACACUCGUCGAAUAUGCAUUCCCGCCAAAUCUACAAUUUUCGAAUCGACUUCAAAAUUAUUUAAUAAAGUGCAAUACCGGAACUUUUUAGUGAUGCGUUAUUUUAUAGUGCUUUAUGUUUUGUUUUUUGUUUUCUUACCAAAAGCUUCGGAGGCGAUACGAUGGCUGGCACUACACGAGAGCGAAGGCAACUGGACAGAGAGUGACUGCAUAGAAGCCCGUCAGAGCGGCGCGCUAUGGGGUGAGCAAGUGCGGGUGUGCAAACGGCAGCCGUCAGCCAUGCCGCAUGUGGCCGCCGCAGCGAGGUUGACCAGAGCCGCGUGCCUCUCAUCACACGCUGGCGAACGUUGGAACUGCUCCUCCAUAGAGCUGGCGCCGAAGUACACCCCCGACUUAUUGACUGGUACCCGUGAGCAGGCGUAUGUGUACGCGAUGUCAGCGGCGGCGUUGUCGUGGAAGAUAGCACGGGCGUGUGCGUCUGGUGCUCUAGCUGCAUGCUCAUGCGCCGCACCUCCCCGUGCUCCUCCGAGACCACCCCGAAAUGCUGCGCCUGCGCCGUCCGAACCACAAGCGCGCUUCAAGUGGGGAGGCUGCGGUGACAACUUCCAGUGGGCUGAAAGAUUUGCCAAACAAUUUUUGGAUGCUCACGAAAUAAAUGCUAGAGAUGGUAGAUUCGAAGAGAUAUUCGAUAUGGAAAUCACCACAAGAGAGCGGCCAACCACGACGUUGGAACCGACCACAGCUCCCCCCAUAGUGAUACUGGUAGACGACCAGCCUGCACCAGCUAACGCGACUGUGGCUCCGAAGAAAAAAGGUAGACGGGGACGUAAGCGCCUGCCACGAUCUCCUCGACGUGGUCGUCCAACAAGGAAACGGUUCAGAGACAGAUACGAUUAUGACGAUAGAGGCUUCAGGCAUCGCAACAUUGAGUACCGCAUGGCGGCAGAUGACCCUCGCUUUGACCCUCAAGUGGAUCUGCAAACACGUCUCGAGCGACUCCGCCCGCUCAUUGCUUCUGCAAAUUUGAUGAACGGCCGCUUUGGAAGGAAAAUGGUAUCGAGCAGCAUACGCACAAAGUGUACGUGUCACGGCGUGUCGGGCUCGUGUUCGGUGCGCACUUGCUGGCGGUCGGCGGCCCCGCUGCAGCGAGUCACGAACGAGCUCGCUCGCGAGUCAGCGCGCGCGAGCCCGCUGCGAGACACGCGUCGGUCACUCGCGCGAAAACCACGCCUGCGUUACGUCACGCCCAGUCCCGACUACUGCGAGCCGGACCUAGCUGCCGGCUCACUUGGCACUCACGGCCGAAAAUGUAACGCUAGCGUGGGAGGCGCAGCGGGCGGGUGCUCGCGUCUUUGCUGCGGGCGAGGUCGUCGCGCACUGCGACACACUCGACUGGAGCGCUGCCACUGUCGCUACCACUGGUGCUGCCGCGUGGACUGUCAGCUCUGCAGGGUCUCCAUCGAGGAGCACUACUGCAACUGAUACAUCUAACAACACAGCAAGAACAAUAAAACGGGGUGUAUAGAAAUAAAACUGUAUUAUUACCUUGUUAAAACUGAAGCCCGCUUGUAUAAUCUGUUGGCGUGCGGCAAAAAACGAACUAAUUAUUUAUUGUAAUUUAUAAUAAUUCUAUUAAUACUUAUAUUUAACUAGCUGAUACCCACGACUUCGUCCGCGUAGAUAAAGGUUUUUUAAAAAUAAUAAGUAAGAUUGGAAAUAAAGAUUAUCUCAUGUCUUACUCCAGUUCCUGUUCCCGUUUUAGCUCCCGUUCCGAAGAUUGCUAUGUCAAACCUACUUUUGGUAUAGUUAUAGCUCAUCGACGUUAAUUUCAGUUUUUUACAAAUCCCGCGGGAUCUAUGGAUUUUUUUGGAAUGAAAUGUAGCAUAUGUCCUUUCCCGAGCUCUAGGCUAUCGCUGUACCAAAUUUCAUCAAAAUCGCUUCAGUAGCUCCGGCGUAAAAGCGUAACAAACAAACUAACAUUCAAUUAUUCAGCCACGCUUGACAUUAGCUCCUUAGCAUUUGGAAUAUUGAAGCACACAUUGACAAUACAAUACAAUUGGUCAUGUUUUGUCAGCCUUUAAGCUCAUCUAAAUACUCGUCGCGACCAAAUUAUUUGAAUGACCUAGUUAGGUUAACUAAAUUGUUAAAGAAAAAUUUAUUUAUUUAUAUAAUAACGCCAAUACCAAUACAUCUGAUUCAGAGGCAUUUAUAACAAAAAAAAAUAUUGAUAAUGCUAAUACAAUUACUAUACUAUAUACAUUGCUAUACAUUGGCAAUCUAUCUCGAACAGAUCCUUAGCCAGCCUUUGUUGAUCGUUCGCCAAUGUUUUUUUUAAAUGCGUGAACAGGGCCUAAGAACUUAUUGUGAAGAUAAAUAAUUGGUAAUUAUUAUAAAUGGGUAAUAAAAUAUUAAUCUUCAUAUUCUUGUGAUAUUCUAAGCGAAUCCAAUGAGCAAAGUAUGGCAUCUGGGAGAAACUGAACUCCCUGAACUCAUUAAAGCCUCUCUACACAAAGGAUAUUUGUAUCAUAGAAGUUGUUGUGGUUUGAGUCUGGGGUAGAUGUUGUAGAACACAUGGGCAAAGGAUACAAUAUACUUGACAAAAGGCGAGCAGUUUCCGCGAGGAAAAGCAUCCUGGUAACCCGAAGUCACACAACUAUAUCAUCUUGUAUUUAAUUUUGAAAUCGUCAAUUCAUCAUCAACUAUUAUUGCCUUUGUUAUUGUGAUUACGCAUUUUCAGCCCGUUUCUCUACACCCCGUUGUGUAACGACUCAAUAUUAGAAUUAUAACUAUUUAUUUUAUUAUACAAAUUGUGUUAUUUUUAAACUUACACACUGAAACGGAGAGACUAUUUUUUAAGUUAUUUUGCGGCUUGCCCAGGGCAGCCUAACUGUGAAGACUUACAUAAAUGACGCUCUUAUUUAAAUGUUAUAUUAUGAGUAUAAUAUAACAUUUAAAUAAGAGCGUAAUAUAACAUUUAAAUAAGAGCUCCUCUUGACUUUGAAAAAAGUAAAAGAAUGUAGGUACCUAUACGGACCGUUUUUUUUAUACAAAAUAAUCAACUUCAAGGCCCCAAAGUUCCUCGGGGCAUAUCCUUCCCAGAGAGUUUAAAAAAUUUUACUAAAGCACGUGACACGGCAAGUCUUAAAGAGUGAGCGGUAUUACCAAAUGCAUUAUAUCGCGUAUUCGCUCGCACUUGUGAAAGAGGAAAUGUAGCAUCAAUCAUGAUACUCUCUCACACAAUUUUUGCCACCUGGAGCUAUGUUUCUGGCUGAAACACUACAGUUCUAACCAAAGAAAACAAACAUGUAUGAUGACAAACUAGUCACUUCUCCUAGCUGAUGUAUAAAUGUUUUAGAAUAUAACAUGUAGGGUAUAUGUAUCAAUAGGGUUACGUGUAGGCCACUUAAUACAACGCAAGGCUAAAUAUUAUUCGCUCACGACAUAAAUAGCCCUUUUUUCUGUAAUAAUGAUUAAAUCAAAUCAAAAUGAUUGUAGUUGUGUUUGUUAGAAUGCGCUAACUAAACAACAUAUUUAAAGAAUUUACACACAUCACACAUUUAGAUAAACUGAUUUUCACAAGAUUCUCUGUUGCAGUAAACAAGUUUACUUGUUACUUACUGUAGUCAAUGAAACGUCGAGAUAAAUAAAUCAUGUAUUUUUGGCCAACAAUAAAUGCAAAAUUGUGUUUUCCUAUUUAAAUAAAUAAUCUGAAUAAAAAUAUUAUUGUUUACACGAAGCGAUGGCCCAGAAAUCAGACUGCCCAUCCCUCAUGUAUAUGAAUUAAUGUCUUACCAUAGACUAACAAAUUGCCUCUUUAGCCAUUUUAUUAAAAAUUGCACGAUUCCAACAAAAAACACAUGUACAUUCCAAAAAUAUUUUUUUCAUUUUUAACAACUGUAAAUUUUAUAUUUUUUGGUGAUUUUGGUUUAUUGUAAAAUAUAGAAUUUAUUACGCUUUUUUUAUUUCUGUAACAGCUGGGCCCAAAAAUGGUCAGUCCCCUUUGACUACAACCUGAGUUUGGUAAUUCUCUUUCUAAUUUUGGAUAAAUGAAGGUACUUUCGAAACAAAAUAUAUUUUUCGUCUUGUCAGUAAUUGGUCUUGUGAGGUAAUGAGUGUUUGAAAUGUAAACUGUAACUCUGAAUAAUAAAUGUUUGUAGAAAGUUAUGUGUAAUUAGUGUGAUUUUGGAGUACUUAGCUUAACUUAUAUUUCUCACUUCAUAAUAAUGUGUAUGUAAUUUAUCAGUAGGUAGUACGACAAUAAAAUGUUUAGUUUCUGCACAAAUAAGUUGUACAUAGAAUUUAUUUAAACAUGUAAUAUAGAUGAUUUCUUGUAUGCCUAAAUGUUCCAUAAUGUGUAUCCUAAUUUACCUAAGUGUAAUAGGUAUCCUAAUUAUAUUUAUUUUCUGUAAAUAAAUACAAACUUAGAUGAA